AUGUCGGACAUUGAGAAGAGCAUUACGCAUGUGACUGCUCCCUCUGUGGAACCAGAGGCACCCAGAUCCGAAAAGCUGUCUAAUCUGUUCCAUGGCACCGUCAACGAUCCCAAUGUGCUGGGAAAGGAGCUGCUGCGCAAGGCGCUGGAAUUUGAAGAGGCUCAGCUCGAGCGUGACUCUGUCAGGGUCCGACGGAAACUGGACUUUAUGGUUAUUCCGAUGAUGAUGACAACAUAUAUGCUCAGUUUCCUGGACAAGCAGACGCUCAACUACUCCAACGCUUACGGCCUCCAAGCAGACACUCAUAUGAAAGGCGAUGACUAUUCCUGGGUUGCAUCUGCACUGUACUUUGGCUGGCUGACAGGAGCCUACCCCUGGAACCUCAUACUACAACGAUACCCGAUUGGCAAGUUGAUCGGAUGCAUGCUCUUCAUCUGGGGUGCGGUAUGUAUGUUGCAAGCGGCGGUGUUCAAUUUCGCCGGAUUCUUCGCCAUCCGCUUCUUUCUAGGAAUGCUAGAGGGAUGCAUAUCGCCGGCAUUUGUCAUAUUGACCUCGAUGCUGUGGACGAGACAAGAACAAGCUUUGCGCACCUCUUUCUGGUUGUCGACGAACGGCGUCUCUUCCAUCCUGGGAGCUCUGUUGGCUUACGGAACAGGACAUGCUGGAGGGAUCGCUGUCGCCAACUGGAAACUCAUUUAUCUUAUCGUCGGGGCAAUGACCUUUGCCUGGGGCGUUGUGAUUCUCCUCUAUCUCCCGGACGGGCCGCACAACGCCAAAAUGCUAACGGAGUAUGAACGCAUGGUCGCCGUGUGGCGUGUAUCCAAAAACCAGAUGGGCAUCAAGCACCGCAAAGUGGUCCCAAGCCAGAUCAAAGAGGCUUUUCUCGAUGGAAGGACGUACCUCAUGUUGCUGAUGGGCGCGUGCACGGGCAUCCUAAACGGAGGCGUGGCCAACUUCGCCUCUGCGCUGAUCAAAGGGUUUGGCUUUGACCCUCUCCGAACCAGCUUGCUGCAAACUCCCGGUGGCGCCUUUGAGCUUUUGGGCUGUAUAGGGCUCGGAUUGAUCGCGACUAGGAAGAACUUGUUGGGUAUAACCAUCAUUGUCGGUUGCCUCCCCGGCGUUGCAGGCUUGAUCGGGCUUCUCACCAUCGACGAGAAACAUCGGUAUGCACUCGUGGCAUGCUGCUGGCUGCAGAAUGUACUGGGCUCCCCGCUGGUUCUGGGAUGGACACUUCCUGGAGUCAAUGUCGCUGGCCAUACUAAGAGGAGUACGGUCAUGGGCAUGUUUUUUGCAAUCUUCUGCGCAGGAAACAUCGCCGGCCCCCACCUCUUCCUCGCCACCGAAGUCCCUCGGUACUUCACGGCCAUCAAGGGCCUGUUGGGAACUUACUGUGCCCUCAUUGUCUUUCAGGCCGUUUAUACCAUAUGGUGUAUUGCCGAGAACCGCCGUCGGGACCGCAAGGGGUUGCAUGCCGAUCGCCAGGAAGAGGAGUUGUUGGAGGGGUUUGAUGAUUUGACGGAUAGGCAGAAUGUGCAUUUUCGGUAUACGAUCUAA